AUGGCUCAUGUACAGAUUCGAAUAUCUCCUGUAAAACAGGGCGGAAGGUCUGAUCGCGAAUCCUUGCCUGCGUUAGAGCAUGUAAAAGCAGCUUCCGUAUAUGAUGCUGAUUCUCCUAUAUUUAUCGCCCCUGACAAUGCACUGAUCGAGAGUGCAGAUGUUCAACUCAUUGGUGAGCUCGAAGCCGAAGAUGUGGUGUCCGGCCAGGAUGUUCCUGUGCGGCUACUGUCGGAGUUUACGAUCUACGACAAGGAGUCGAAGGCCCUGGUCCACAUUGCUGCCCUCCUCCACUUGGCUGGUGAGAAUGGUUUGGACUCUGGCGUAGAUUACAGCGCUUCUGGUUUGGUGCGGCCAUGGACGGAUGAAGAUGAAGAUGAAGAAGUUGGUCAAGAAGAUGACCCUGAAGAUGAUAUCCAGCUCGCAGAACAAUGCUUGAUGCUUGAUGAAAUUCUGGAUGUCAACAUGUACAACUUUGAGGACCACGAACUGGAUACUAAAAUCUGGUUGAAGACUCGAUAUGCGUGGUAUAUCCUUGAUAUGCCAUCAGCCACAUAUAUUCCAUUCUAUGCGGACUUCUAUAAGAAACACCAUGUUGUGUGCCUUGUCCUCUCUGUUGCUCUCUCUGACCCAAGGACAACAUGGACUGCCUUCAUGGACAAUGUCAAAGCAGGUCAAUAUGUGGGCUUUGAUCCUUUAUUCAGUCUUAUUUUGGGGAAUCCCCUAACACCUGCUGACCUUGAGCUGGAUGAUGUGAAAUCAUAUUUGCUUGGUUGCCUUAUUGAUUUGAAGGAUACCUACGGCAUGAAGACCAAACUUGCCCAGUCUUUAUUGAUCAAGGAGUUUCAGCAUGCUCUCCAGGGUACCCAAGCUGCAUUGUCUGCUGGAUUGAAGGGGUAUCCAGCCCAUACCAGUGCUCCCAAAACUUUGUCCACAAAUCAACACCCCAAGGCCUCAGUGAAGACAGUUGUGACACCAACCAUUCACAAGAUUGCUCGACCACAUUUUCUUCAACAUUUCAUUGCUGUUGGGCCCUCUUUGGCUCAGGACUUGGAACUUGAUGGUGAACAUAGUGUUCAACCGGAGCAUUACACUAACCCUAGUUGGAUAUGCUGGCUUGAGCCAGGCGAGGAGAAGGGUCACUACAAAUCAGUGAAUGCUGAUGGUGAUAUAUUCUGUGCUGGUGAUAUUGUGGCUGUUCCUCCAGGUCAUGAUGAAGACUGUAUAAGACAGAUGCAUGCUGCUGCUGCACCUGCCCAAUGUGAGAAUCUGAUAGCCAACUCAAUGUGGUUCUGCGAGAUUCAAUAUUUCUAUCAGUGUGGCCCGGACAAGAUGUUUCAUGCUAGGUGGCUUGAGCAUGGUUCCAAGACCAUUCUUGAGGAACUGGCUGAUCCCAGUUGUCUCUUCUAUGUCAAUGAAUGUGAUGACCUCAAGGUAGCAUGCAUAUUUACCAAGGAGAUGGAGAUUAGUCAACAAGAUGGCAUCAGUUAUGAUGAGCAACGGCUUGUCAAGACAGAUAAGGUCCUGGAGCUCAAAAGCUCUCAGGUUGCUGGCCAUUGUUAUGUGGUGCAUCCUGAUGCACUGGAGCUUGAUGUUACAUUGGAUGACUGGCUAACUUAUGAUGAUCACUUCUUCGUGAUGGAAGUGCUGGACUCUGACCAGAGGGUCAAUAUGCCUGUUGAAGACUUCCAGACUUGUGGUGCAUGUUAUCAGGAUCAGCUAGUCAGCAUGCAGCAGCACAAGGCUUUAUUAGCAAGAAACCAACCAUUGCAAGCUCUAGAGCUCUUCAGUGGUGCUGGUGGACUGUCUGUGGGACUCCAUAGUACACCAUAUAUUCAAACAAGAUGGGCUGUAGAACUCUCCCAAACACCAGCCUUGACAUACCAGAAGAAUCACCCUGGGACAAUGGUGUAUAAUAUGAGUACAAAUGACUUGCUCCAGAAGACACUAGAUGCCCAUGAGAAUCAGCAUGCCUUUGAUCCAACCUCUCUCCAAGGCUUAAUGCAGCCAAUGCCGGUACCGGGUGAAGUGGAUCUGAUCUAUGGAGGUCCACCAUGCCAAUCCUUUUCCGGAGCAAAUUACAACAAGGUGCCAGAUGAUCCACGAAGCGCCUUGAUAGCCAACUUCAUGUCAUGGGUGGACUACUAUCGCCCGCGAUAUUUCCUCAUCGAGAAUGUAGUUGGUAUGCUCAACCACCGACUGAAGGCGUGCAAAGUCAACAACCAGACGGUGGGAGGCAUCCAAAUGGGCAUAGUCAAGUUCAUCAUGCGUGCCGCUACAACACUCGGGUAUCAAGUGCACUGCAAGGUCCUACAAGCGGCGGAAUAUGGGUCACCCCAAAGCAGGGAGCGUAUUAUCUUCAUCGGAGCAAGGGGCUUAACACCUCUUCCUCGCUUCCCCAUCCCGACACAUUGUUUUCCUCGACGGGUACGGCAAAGGAGUACCGUUACCGGCAACAGCAUCACAGGCGUCAAUCGGCUACCAGAUUACCCGGACAUUGGCAGGGCACCGUUUGCGCAAGUAACUGUCAACGAUGCAACGAGUGAUUUACCACCGUACGAUUGGGUAAACCCACAUAAGACCAUACCGGCCACUCGGAAAGACGAGUGCGAGGUCAUGUCGCGCGAAGCCAGAGGCAUCAAGCAAUUCAUUGCCCAUGACCCAGACGAGUGCGGAUCGACGUACCCCGGAUACGCUGAGCCCGUACCUUAUGCCUGCAGGCCGAAGAAUGGCUACCAACGGUGGAUGCGGGAGGGGAUGGGUGACGGCAAGUGUGAGGGUCAUUAUACCAAGUUCUUCCGACCGAUUAUCGUGGAGCGAGUCGUGAAUGUGCCUCUGAGGCCCAUUGCCGAUCACACGAACCUACCGAAUGCACUCCGUGGUACCACGAACAACACGGGUCAGUCAGAGAAGCUGAAGGGGCUGUACGCUCGCCUAGACGCCAACGGCCACUUCAGCACCGCGCUGACCACGGUCCUACCGAUGCGUAAGCCAGGCGGGAAGGUGCUGCAUCCUACGCAAAAGCGCGUCAUAACCGUGCGCGAGUGCGCGCGCGCGCAAGGGUUUCCGGACAACUACGUCUUCGUGACGGAGGGCAAGACGGCCAACGCGAGGGUUCAGGACCAAUUGAAGCAGAUAGGCAACGCCGUGCCAAUACCGCUGGGCAGGGCGCUCGGAAUGGCCAUAGGGGAGUCAUUGAUGCAGGUUUGGAAGGAGCAAGAGAGACGUGGGUCUCCAGAAAUAUGA